AUGCAGCAAUUACCCUCGAAUAUGUACAGAAGUAUAAGUCGAUUUCCAGGUAUCCGCUUUUUUCAACCUCGCCGGUUGAGCUCUCGGAGAUUUCUUACUGUUCAGCAUUUCCCAACGGGGCCCCAGCACACUUUUUGGAAGACUACACUCGCUUUAGGAGCAACGAGUGCGACAUUGGGCUACUUUGCAUGGCAGCAGCGGCUUAUUGGAAACGAUACAGGCCCUUCGGAAGAAGAUGCGUCAGUGCAGAUAGACAAUGCAGUUUCUCCAUUUCCAACAAGAUUGGGACCGCCCGAAUUCCCAUUUACCACUAACUACACGCUUCUGGGAUUUGGGGCCCGCUCAGUGACUUUCAUCAACUUCAAGGUAUAUGCGUUGGGGAUAUAUGUAGCCAGCGAAGAUUUGGGUUUGAUUCCCGAAAUCUUAAGUACAAGCUAUAUGUCGAACGCGUUCUUGGACACCGACAUUUCUAACUCCCAUGCCGAAAAUAUCGAACUAGCUCUCAAAGAUCCCACUAAAUCAAGAGCAUUAAUCAAUAAUCUAAUUGAUGGUGGUGUAAGGAUGAUGGCAAAGAUUACACCUAUUAGAAACACGGAUUUUAAUCACUUGAAAGACGGUCUUAUCAAAUCUAUUCUCAACCAUCCAGAUGCAAAGAUUAACCAGGAAGCCGUAUCUAGCGGUAUUCAGGAAUUAAGAGAUGCCUUUACCAGAAAGGGUUCUGUUCCCAAGAAUGACGACCUGUUGAUUGAACUUCAGAUAAAUGGUUCCUUGCAAUUGUUCUACGCUUCACGCAAGUCCAAUGAAAAAUUCUUGCUAGGUUCAAUCGAGGAGCCAAUGAUCGGGCGCCUCUUAUUUAGCCAAUAUCUUAGUGGGAAGAAGCCACUGAGCCCUGCAACGAGAGACUCCUUUGUUUCCAGGGUAAAGACGCUAGUAUGA